AUGCCUACUUCCACCGAGUCCAUCGUCAGCACGCAAACCAAGAUCCGCCCAGCCGUCCAGCUCGCGGCCGUUGACGGGAAUGCCGAAAAUCAUCCCGAUUGGCUAGUCGAGCUGCACACCAAGGGUUGGACGGUCGUGCGCGGCGCCAUACCCAGAGACCGAGCACUGGCCUAUGCUGACAAGGGCUACGAAUGGCUUGAAAGCUGGAACCUGGGGUUCGACCGCAAGGACCCGUCCACCCGCAGAGCAGCGAACCUUCCCUGGCACAUUCGCGGAGGGCUCUACAACAGGUACGGCAUCGGCCACGAGCAGUUUGUGUGGGACUUGAAGUCGGAGCCCGGGCUUGUAGAGAAGUGGGAGCAGAUAUGGAGCACUCGCGAGCUCCUAGUGUCAUUUGACGGGGUGAAUCUCUCCCUACCUGAAAAGGAGCGUUCGAAGACGGACCCUGUUUUCGCGCCGUGGGCGCAUGUCGACCAGUCCCCCUUUAACAACAAGUUUGACACUGUCCAGGGAAUUCUGAAUCUGUUACCCAAUGGGCCCGAGGAUGGCGGGCUUAUGGUUUUUGAAGGGUCAAGCGCUUACUACACUGAGUUAUGGCAGUAUUUUGAUCACAAAAAGGGUGAAAAGGGGUGGAGCAACUGGGCCUUCCAGAAUGUGGACGAGGAGAUGUGCCAGUGGCUUGAGGGCAAGGGGUGCAAAUGGACUAAGGUGUGCGCAGAGCCGGGAGAUCUGCUGCUCUGGGACUCGCGCACGAUCCAUUAUGGCGCCGCGCCUUCUUCGGUUAAUGACCGAUUUGCUGCCUAUGUCUGCUACAAGCCGGCAGCGGCUGUCUCAGAGGAGGCAAGAAAGGUCCGCCUGCAGGCCUUUGAAGCGAAGCAGAACACAACGCAUGAUCCGGCCGAUUUUCGAGUGAAGGAGCGCCUGCCGCCGGCAGACCAUCCGUCCUACGAGGCGGCCAUCAAAAGGCCAUUACAGAGUCCGGUUCUUUCGAAGCGAGCGAGGGAACUGAUUGGGCUGGAUCGAUACUGA